UUUUAAAUAACUCAUGUGCUGUGCUGAGUACUGCUCAAUCGAUCUGGAGUUCUUUUCUCUUUCAGAGCAUGUCACCAUUUUAUAUCCCCAUCACAUUUGUGACUUGUCCUGCCAUCGUCUAUACCUUGUCCUCCCCUCCGAAGGUAUUUAUUUAUACAAGGCACAACUAAUUAGUUUAAGUUUGUACUUUGAAAAUGGAAUCUGAAGAACUAUUUAAUAAAUAACCUAACGCGGCGGUAUUUGUAUCACUCAGUGUCAACAAAGAAAUCUGUUUGCACCUACUCAGUUUCUGCAGACUAUUCGACCCAUUCUGCAACAAAAGCAAUCGAUUAAGUAUAAUCCAAUUACACGUCCUGGAUUUGUACAUGCACCAUAUUUAGAGUUUUUAAGCCACUAUUUUUAGUAGGAGUACUUGGUUACAUCAGCAAAAGCUUAGCUGAAUAUGAACUAAACCACUCAUUACAUGGUAGAAGAAACUUCCUGUUCUUAAAAUUAGACAAUGUCCUUGUCAAUUUGCUUGUCAGGGUAGACAUGCAUUUACUGUGUUAUUAACAGGUCAAGCUGAGCUGAGUACUAAGACAUCAAUUUGUAUUUGCCUUCUUAUGUAUGAUUGUUCUAUCAUCUUCCUUUCCUUAUAAUUACUACUAACCUAACGCAGCAGCAUUUGUAUCACUGAACUUUACAAGGCAAUCGUUUUUGUGUUACUCACCUGUGCAGACUUCAAACCAUUAAAACAGCUGCAACAAAGCUAAUACUAUUUCACUCAGAUGGGUGAAACUCAGCUUCCGGUGUCUCCUCAUGUUCUAAUUUUCCCUUUCCCGGCACAGGGUCAUGUGAAUUCGAUGCUUAAGUUAGCAGAGCUUCUGUGCCUUUCCGGGUUCAAAAUCACUUACCUGGUCCCCAAAAACAUCCACCAACGUCUCCUCCUCCACACCAAUAUCGAAUCCCGUUUCUCCCAAUAUCAAGGAUUUUGUUUACAGAGCCUUCCCGAUGGCAUUUACGAAGGGAGUGUCAGCACCGGCGAUGACGUAGUGAAGCUAUGCGAUUCUCUCAACUCAGUGGCGGUUCCAUUCCUAAGAGAGCUGUUAACUCCAAAAUCAGAUUGGAACAACACCAAAUCUCCAAUCACAACCAUAAUUGCUGACGGGAUCUUCAGUGUGGUCAUUGACUUUGCUCAGGAGAUCGGUGUGCCCAUCCUCUAUUUCCGCACAAUCAGUGCUUGUGCAUUCUGGGCUUACUUUUCCAUACACGAACUUAUUGAAGCUGGCGAAAUUCCUUUUUCAGGAAAUGACAUGGACUUAGCCAUAAAAAAGGUAAAGGGCAUGGAGGCGUAUCUCAGGGGGCGUGAUCUUCCGAGUUUCUGCCGAGCCACUGACAUCGGAAACCCGAUUUUGAAGAUUCUUUCGAAAGAAACGCGAGAAACAGCUAGGGCUAAUGGACUGAUCAUGAACACAUUUGAUGAUUUAGAAGGACCAAUCUUGUCUCAAAUUCAGAUCCAUUGCCCGAACAUUUACACGAUUGGACCACUACAUGCCCAUCUCAAAUCCAGAUUGGCUGCAGCGAACUCAAAUUCUGCACCGAACACUUCUUCAAACAGCUUGUGGGCAGAAGACAGAAACUGCAUCCAGUGGCUGGAUCAACAGCCGUCAAAAUCAGUGCUUUACGUGAGCUUCGGGAGCCAUGCUGUGGUGACAAAGGAACAGUUAAUGGAAUUCUGGCAAGGUUUAGUAAACAGCGGGGUGAAGUUCUUGUGGGUCAUUCGGCCUGAUUCCAUCGUCGACCAAAAUGAUGAAGAAGGAAAGAGCAAGUCAAUUCAGGAAGAAUUGGAGGCGGCAACGAAAGAAAGAGGGUACAUGGUGGGCUGGGCUCCGCAAGAGCAAGUGUUGGCCCAUCCAGCAGUUGGGGGAUUUUGGACUCACAGUGGAUGGAACUCGACAUUGGAGAGCAUCAUGGAGGGAGUACCCAUGAUCUGUUGGCCUUAUUUUGCAGACCAACAAACAAACAGUAGGUUUGUUGGGGAAGUUUGGAAGAUUGGGCUGGACAUGAAAGAUACUUGUGACAAGGUAAUUGUGGAGAAAAUGAUUAGGGAGUUAAUGGUGAUUAAAAAAGAUGAAUUUCUGAAGACUGCAAAUGAGAUAGCUAAACUGGGUAGGAAGAGUAUUGAGCAAGAUGGUUCAUCAUAUUGCAAUCUUGAUCGUCUCAUUCAGGACAUCCGGCUAAUGAGCAACCCAGAACAAUAAUUAUCAUGUACUGUCAUUGGGCCGAACCGUCCUGCCUGGACAAAUAUGUCUCUAGAUAUUUUUUUUGUUCCUUCAAUAAGCUGUUAUGAAGUUUUGCCUUGUUCACAAGUUUUAAUUCUAUACUGAUUCUAUACAAACCAAAUACAAUCUUUCCAUACACGAUACUACUCCCUCCG